GUUGCCAGAGAGAAGCAGAGAACUUGGCUCUGCGAUUCCCCUUCACUCUGUCACUAGACAGCCCAAUGGAGUCUGCUGCGGCUGAACCAAGACCCACUGGGGUCAGCAGCCUCUUGGGUGUCCCAGGGCUCAUCACCUGGGACGGGAACGAGGCGAUUGAUGCGGAGGUGAUCGGUGGCAUCAGGCCCAGGUCCUCCCCUCUUCCACGGAGAAGGAGCUCCAGUGACUUAAAGGACUGUGAGCUCGAGCUGACGCCGUCAAGCUCCAGGAGGGUGUCCUUUGCGGAUGCCCUCGGCCAAAACCUGGUGAACGUGAAAGAGUUUGACUCGUGGGACAUAACCAUCCCGCUGAAUUUCGACGCCCUUGAGGGAGAGAAAGAGGUAGAGGAAUACUACUUGUCCUCCUUAUACACUCCUCCACCGUCCGAAGAAGCCAUGGCCCUGAGGGUUCAGGAGCAGAAGCUAGAGCUGGAGAGCAUUGAGUUACUCCGCGGGACUACGAUACUGAGGGGCGUGGUCCGUGUUCUCAAUGUCUCAUUUGAUAAGAUGGUGUACAUCCGCACCUCUCUGGAUGCCUGGGUCACGCACUUUGACCUGCUGGCAGAGUUCAUACCAGGGUCCAGCAAUGGAGACACUGACUGCUUCUCCUUCAAGCUCACCCUGGUGCCCCCCUUUGGGGAAAAGGGGGCCAGAGUGGACUUCUGUCUCCGGUAUGAGACCCCUGUUGGGACUUUCUGGGCCAACAAUAGUGACCGGAACUAUGUGAUGUUUUGUCACCAGAAAGUCAAAGAGCUGAAAGAUAAAGCACAAAAAUACGAAAACGGGCGUAGGAAAAGCAUCCUGAAAGCCAACAUUCAUGAAUUUCCCCGUGACGAAAACUGUUCAUCAAUCAGUGAUGAAUCGUCAGAUGUAAACAAACGUGGAGGAGAGAUGACUAGUGUGAACAUCUCUGAGUCUCAGUCAGGAGCACUCGAAGAUGAUCAUCAGAAAUUACUGAUUGAGAGCAGCCAAAACUCCAUCCGGAGAAACCGACGAAAGGCAGCACGAUUGGUGAAGGUGCAGGACUACUUCAUUCAGAGAGAGGAUGGGACCCAAGAGAAUGAGAAGGGAGCAGUGGAACCAUCACAGAUCCCACAGGAAAGCACAUUCCCACAGGAAGCACCUUCAAAUGGGCCUGUGGUACAACCACUGCCACCACAGCACAGGAAAAAGUUUGGGCUGCAGGCGACUUCAGAUUCUCUAGCUACGUGCAACAAAUUGUCUCCUGGUCUCAGGGACAGCACGUCUUAUGAGGAGUCAGUGAAACCUGAGAACAUAGACUCAAUGGUCAGCUCAGCCCCAUCCGAGCUGGGAGAGGAACAUGCCUCACCGAUCCCCAGCAACAAGUCAGAUUUAACUGAUCAACCCGCUGCUCUGUGCCAAAAUGGUGAAACGUCUGUUUCUAAAGUGGAAGAAAGUGCUCUGAUGCAGAUGGAAUCUGAGAAGGGUGGAUCUGCCAUCAGCACAGAAGGAACACGUUCAGAUAACACUGUGAGGUUGGAGAACAGCACAGCAGGCUCAGUCCCAGGCAGCCAGACCAAUUGCUUUACGUUUGGAAAUGUUGUGGCCCCACUAUACUGUCAGGUAUUUGGUAGAGUGGUGAGCGAGAGCCAGAGCUCAACCGAUAUUGGGAAUCGAACAAGGGGGACAUUGCAUGGAAGGGAUUCAACAGCCUGUACAGUCCAGAGUUACGUAGAAACUCACUCCUGUGUUUCAGCUGAUACCCACGGGGCACCUGAAGAAAAGCCUGUAGAUCAACAGCAAUAUCUUGAAUCAAACCAAGGACAGUUCAUAUUUGGAUUAAGUGCAGAAAAAGAGUCUGAACUUGAACCUCUGUCAGAAAAGGCAGGAGGUUUUCCCAGGGCUCACACUGCCCUGCACACUGCUGCUGCUCUCAGGGCACAAAUCCCCAAAGAGGACUCAGGCCUCCAGGGGCCUGAAGAGAACAUUCUGCCUCCCCAGUCCCAGAUCCACCAGGACAGCGAGUUUUUCCAGACACAAACCCCAUUACCAAACACAACACUUUCACAAACUCCUCCAGACACAACACUUUCCCAAACACAAACAUUGAUAGACACAACACAAGGCAGUCUCUUACAGUCACAAACUGAAAUGGGGUCUAAACAUGUCUCUGCUGAAAUGAAUAUGCAGGGGUACAGUGGUGGAUAUGAGAGACCUGGUGAGUCAGAGGAAAUGGAGAACCCUUCCCCAGCCAACACUGACGAAUGGUCAACAGGCACAUUCACAGAAUUAGUAGGAACAUAUAUAGCCAUGCUAGAGCCUGUGUAUGCUGACCUAAAGGUUUUCACUUCAACAACAAAGGUGGAGGAAAAGAUCCCCACUGAGCACCAAAGCGUAGCUGUGACCUGUACAGACACACUGGAGGAAGAAACCAGUGGGACAAUGUUAAAAGAGAAUCCCAUUGUCGUUAAGGGUUGGACAUCAUUGGAGAAGUUGAUGAGAAAACAAACGGAUCAAGUGAAGGGUGAACCAUCAGUUGAUGUGUCAAACACCUUUGGUGAUGAAGAAAACAGGCAUUCUAUUGACAGUAAGGUUUAUAGUGAGGAAGAAGGCGCGAUGACAAACUAUGUGAGGGAUGAUUAUGAUGAAGACACUGACAAGGUCCCAAUGUUCAAAGAAGAAGAUAUUCAUAAGGAAGAUGACCUGGUCAUUGUGAAAAAUAAGGAGGAUGUAGUAGCUACAGAGAACGAGAAAGGUCCAAGUGAUGGACAACCAUUGCUGAUGAACAAUAUAAUAGAAAAAGACUGGGAGGGGACUGUGGAAGAGGAAGAGGAGGAGAUGAUGGGGGAAUAUGUGGAAGAGGGCCAAUGGGAAGAAGAGAAAGUAGAAGUGGAGAUGAUGGCUGGGGAAAGGGCGUUGGAGGAAGUAGGGGAGGUGGAGGCAACAGAGGAAGAAGUGGGGAAGGAGGUGACCAAGGACGAGUUGGCAGUAGAAGAGGUGGAUAAGGACAAAGAAGAAAUUAUGUUAUGGGAAAAGGUACAAGGAAGGGUGGAGGAAGAGCUGGUGAAAGGAGAGGAGGAAAUAGAGAAAGAAAUGGAGGACGAGAUGGUUGUUGAAGAAGAACUGGAGGAAUUAGAGGAAGGGGAUGUGAAAUGGAUAGAGUGGGAGGAAGAGGAGAUUGUAGAGGAAGAGAAGGAGGAGGAAGCAGAGAAAGUCAAAGUAGAUGUAGAAUUACUCGAUGAUCAAAAUGAAUUGGUGGAUGAGUUAAGCAAGCCAAUGGGCAAUCCUUGUGAGGGUAAGGGGGGUGAGAGCACAAAUGUAAAUGUUGCAGAAAAAUCAGGCCCAGAAGAAAAUACAUUAAAGACGGAUGAAGUGUCAAAUCUUUGCUACAAUGACGUAACGCCGGACACUAAUCAACUUGGAGGAGAGGAAAUGGAUUCCAUCAAAGGAGACGGGGAAUCCUACAUUCAAACAGAUGAACCUGCCCAUGGGAAAGAGGGUGAAGGUGGGGCUGAGGCGGACGACGCGUCCACAGAGUCCCCGUCAGAUGAUGAGAUGGAGCUGUACAUGCACAGUCUGAGGGCUGCACAGAAGCAGCGAAACAAGGACCUGAGUCUUGGGAAACGGCCCUCGAUAAGUAGAAGAGGCAGCAGGCUGUCCAUGCCGUCCAUCAGUGAGUCUGUGGAUGAGGCAAGCAACCAGGAAGAUCAGCCAGACACAGUGUCUGUGGAGCAUCAAUCUACAAGUGCAGUGCCCGUUGUGGAGGGAGGGCAGGAUAGCACCAGGAGCAAUGUCAUGUGGUGGAGAGAAACAUUUUCUUGGCAUAAUCUCUCAAAAGCACUGUUAUACACCGUCCUGUUUGUGGUGUUUGGUUUUGCUGCUUACCAUUAUGACUUUCUGGCCUGUUUCAGUCUUUACUUGUUAUCUGUGAUCUGGCUGGUUUGUCAGGGGGAGAAACCGGCGAUGAAAGGAAAUAAUAGAAUAGGUUGAGACCCGUGAAAAUAUAUGUCAGUGUUUAUGAAGUGCCCCACAAUUAAGUUGAAUUAUUUUUCAUUAUGCCUCAUCUGAGGAUACAUGAACUCGCAAAUGCCAAAAGUGUAAAACGAUUGGUGUGUAGCAUACUGCAAAUACUCUUAUGAGCGUCACCUAGUUCAAGGCAGACCCUUUUUCAGUUCAAUGGAGCACACAAUAAUAUUAUUUUUCUAAUAGAAUGUUAUGUGCCUUUUCUACACAUUGGCCAUACUAUUGAUGCAUCUUGGCAGCAUGUAUGUUAUUUGAACACAUUAGUUCAAAGCCUUACGUCCAAACAACACACCAGUUACAAAGCUGUGGACCAUUGCUUAGAUGGAUUAUUGAUUAUAACAACUUUUAUUGCAUUAUUGUAUUUGGUGUAAAUUAAACUGAUUUUAAAACAGUCUAAAUUGGAUUCAUAAUAUCAAUUUACAGUAUGUUAUUACUUUGUUAUUUAAUAAAUAAAUAGGCUUAACAAAAACUAUUAUAUCUAUGAAUCUCUUUUCUGAUAACAGCAGUAGUAGAAAAAAAACUUUAAUUUCCUGCAAUCUUUCAACAAAUAAUAUAAUUGACCACAUGUGUAUUUACAGUACCCUGGGGGACAUUUAAAAAAACAUGUAGACAUUUCCCACAAUGUGAAGUAUACUGCAUGCAGGACUUUUGUGAUGAAGCAGGGGCGGACUGGGACCAUAAAUCGUCCCAAGCAUUUCUGACACACUGGGGUCAAAUGGGCCAGUUCACUAAACUAUUUUGGGUCGGUGGACGUGAAAUGGGACAGCAGCCCAUUAGUCAAAUGAUGAUCAUUCUGCAUCAAAAUCAUAAUAACAUUUCUUAACAGGGCCAUUUUAUUUAUUUAUUUUAUAAAAAGAUGGACCGGCCCACCGUCCGUUUCUGUGAUGAAGACAUCUCAUGCCUUAUUCUUACUGUUGGACUCCAUCCAUCACACCACUGACCUUUAGGAGGUGAACUCUGCAUGGCACCACUGGAGGUUGUCAAGCAGUAGUGAGUGUGGUUGUAAUUUUAGCAGACGUAUUCGAUUUCAAUUCGCUCCCAUCCAGGCUUGUUAGGGCUUUGUGAGGACACAUCCGUUUCCUGUACUCUGAUGCAUUACUGUUAGAUUCGUUAGCUACUGUAUGGGGCUCUGUAUAGGGCUCAUGUAUAGGGCUCAUGGACAACUUUAUUGUACGCGUUCUCUUGGUAAAUAAACAUGCAAGAAGUUAUGCAAGGGGUAUAUACCUAAUAGUAAGAUUACAACACUAUCAUGGGUCAAUGUUGAUGUAUGGUUGAUUGGGAAAACAGAAAGUGUGAAAACCAUAGUCCACUUCUUACCGCAUAUCAGCUUGAGACAGUUUGAAUCUGUUCUCAUGUCAAGACAAUGCUGUGUAUAUUAGUCUUUCUGGUGUGUUGAAAUGGUUUUCUAAAUAUACAAUAUAGACCGAACUGAAUGUAACUGAAUUCAAUCUCUUUGUCUCUAUCUGACUCAUGCCUUGAGAAAGUGUGAAAGGCUGUUUUCCAAGGCUAUAGCGUCACAGUGCAACUGCCAAUCUGGACAAGCAGGUCUCUCUUCACACACUGUACAAAAUGUCAUGUCUCUUUCAAACCAAGUGCAGUUAUUUCACCUCAUGAUUUAUGUAGCUAACUUCACCAGGCAUCAAAGACUCUCCCAGCAAACACCAAUAUGAUUAAAUAGGUGGUCAAUACCAUAAGCUUGUGUUCAUUUCGAAUAACUUGAUAGCUAGCGCCUUGGGGCGUGUUUGAACUUUAGCUGUUGGUUGUGAUCGGGGUACUACAGCUGCAACCGCUUGUCAGGGGCUUUCGGGGGCUUCCUGUGUGAGGAUUAUCACACCCUUUAGCUGUGCAAAAGAACAUGUGGACAUUUUUAGCCACAGAGAGACACAAUUACAUUCUUAAAAGGGCAGACACACAGAGAGCCUCUUCUAUCUGUGCAAAGAGAAAUAAGAGGAAUGUUUAGCUAACAUGGCAAAUAAUAUUUUCCUUAAUAUCUUAAAUUCUCAUCUACAGGUUAAAAAGGGGGAUGUAUUUGUGUCCAUCAGCCACAUUUGAGCAAUGUCAGGAUAUUCCGCAACAUGAGUUCCAUGAGAGCCAUGUGGCUGAAGUGGCUGUGUACGUCUGAGGGUGAGGUGUGACAUUGGAGUGACAUUAGAGCCGUGCGUCACGAUUAUGAGCGUCAUGCGCCAUCAGCCAGGGCAAGGUGAUGAUAUCACAUUCAUCCAGCUUUUUCACUGAGACUCGUCAUCGUGAUAACACGUCAUCAAAACAAAUGUGCUGGAGAUCCUUUUCUCUUUCCCUAUUGUAUGAUGAAGACUGAUGGAACGUUCUGUGAUUAUUAGGAUAUUUCUGUAAGUGUCUGUCUGUUUCACUUUCUUACUGCUUGCUAACAAGUGUAGGGGCAAAAAAACCAUGACUUACUUUGUGUGCCAGUACACAUUAGCAGUCUAUAACAAUCAAUGCUCAAAAUACAAAACGCAAUUAUUUUGUGACACCAUGGGUCAUUCUUUAAGGCAUUUGGGCAUGGAAUUUGAUCUAUAUAAUAUAUUGAAUACUUUUGUAUACUUUCUAUCAUUCCAAAUAAUACCUCGAUACAGUAUCUCUAAAUCCCAAGAAUAUGUCAAACUCUACUCAUCGCUACUGGGACAAGCGAAUUUGCUUUACUUUAAUCACGUUUUACAGUAUAGAGGACUUACAUUAUGUUUUACAUUAAUUAACAGUUCAAUAUAAAUAAAAACAUGAAUAACUAUUUGUCAUUUUAAAGUGUUUUCAUGGUUGCAAAGUUGAGGGGCACAAAUGUCACCGUAAUUCAAAAACGACCCCAAGGCUAAUUGCUGUUUACACAAUGGCUCGCAGAAACACUUUAACCGUAAUAAUGAAGUUAUGACACAAACACAUGAUGUUCAGUGUGUGUAAAGGUCCUCACAUGCUGCUGCCUAUGAUGUUCAAAUGUGGUCACAAUGGUGGAAUGGGAAAGGCCUAUAUUCCACAUGACACUCCACUCUAUCAAGCAGCUGUUUACAUACAUCAGAAGGGUGUGUCAGGAUCUGUCUGAAAUGGCACCCUAUUCACUAUAUAGUGCACUACUUUUGACUAGAGCCCUAUGGGCCCUGGUCAAAAGUAUUGCACUAUAUAGGGAAUAGGGUGCCAUUUCAGACACAGAUUCAGUCUGACCCAGAUUCAGGAGGUAUAAGCAGUCACCAUCAUGUGUUAGUUAUUUUUAGGACAGCAAACAAGUUAUUAUUGACCCAGGGAUUUGAAGGAGAAUUUACAGUUUACAGUUUACUUAUAACAGAGAACAACUGGUUUAAUUGUAUCAAUUUGUGCACAUACAGAUUAUAUCUACACCAAAGUCAAAAUCAAUCCCACGUAAUGCAAUAUUACAAGACUAAUGAAAAUGGUGACAGUAUUUUAGAAUAAGCAGCAUGGCUAUUGCCUAAAUCACCCUUUGAUAAAAUGUAUUAUAAGUAAUAGAUUUAUUCAGCCUAUGUCAGGGGUACCCACGUAAAAGAAAUACUACAAUUUACGAUAGAAUACUAUAGUACUUAGUAUAGUAUUCUGUAGUAAACUGUAGUAUACUGUAGAAUCCUAUAAUCCACAGUGUAGUAUCCCUCGAUCGUGUAGUGCUUACUAUAGACUUUGUAGUAUACUGUAGUAUAAUAUACUACACACUGUAUUCUCCUCUGAUCAUGAGAGAGUACUUACUUUUGAAUUUUGUAGUAUACUGUAGAAUACUAUACCACACACUGUAGUAUCCCUCCAUUGUGUAGUGCUUACUAUAAUAUUUUGUAGUAUACUGUAGAAUACUAUACUACACACUGUAGUAUCCCCCUCGAUCAUGUAAGCCAGGCUUACUAUAGAAUGUUGUACUAUACUGUAGAAUACUACACCACACACGUUUGUAUCCCUCGAUCUGCUAGCUGCUAGCUUUGUCGAUGCUGGUUUGAUUUGAACGUGCUGUCCUUCGGGAGCUCAUGCAGGAGAUUUCCUCUGAGGUUCCAACUCGAUUGUGUAGUGCUUACUAUAGAUUUUUGUAGUAUACUGUAGAAUACUAUAUUCCACACUUUAGUAUCCCUUGAUUGAUUGAUUUUAUUUGACUAUUUAAAAACAUAGUACAACCACAAGUGUGGAUACAAUGCAUUUACAAAUGUGUCAAUAAUAACACAAAAAAAUUCUAAGCUAACCCACAUGAAAAAAUACUAUAGUAUACUAUGGUCUAAAUACUGUAGUAUUACUAUAUUUAUAUACUAUAUAAAUAUAGUAGUGCUUUUACGGACAUUACUGUAGUAUUCACUGUAGUAUUUUUUGCGGGCAUGACUGUAGUAUACCCUGGAUCCCUGACCAGUUCACCGGACAUGCUACCUUAUCCCGGACCUGCUGUUUCUACCCUCUCUCUCUCUAUCUCCACCGCACCUGCUGUCUCGACCUCUGAAUGCUCGGCUAUGA